AUCGGGGACUUGUGUCUGUGAUUUGGUUUAGGUUGAGAGGAUGGCGUGGGCGCAGCCUGAAUACGCGACAGCUCAAAUAGCGGUGUGGUGGGACAUGAAGGGCUGUCCGAUUCCAGAGGGUUAUGAUGCUCGUCGGAUCCGUCCGAAUAUGGAAGCGGCGUUCAGGAAACUUGGCUACUCUGGUCCUGUCUCCAUCACUGCCUAUGGCGACCAGACACAAACUCCUUGUCACCUCCUGCGAGGGCUCUCUUCCAUCGGAGUCUCUAUCGCACAUACCAAACCCGAAAGCACAUGCUCACUCAUGUAUUCCGAUAUGCUGGAGUGGCGAGCUCAAAAUCCUCCUCCGGCUACAAUGUUGCUCAUCUCCGAUAAGGUGCAAGAUGUGUUCGAUUGGGAUCUGGCCCGUCUACAACAACGGACGAAAUAUAACUUUUUUGUGGCUACUCCAUCUAGGCUUAUCUCAUGUUUAGCACUGUGCGCUUCAGAGUGGCUCUGGGGUAGAAUACUUGAGCCCAAAGUCGCACUUGUUCAGGACAUGAGCAGUGAAAGUAGUGAAUUAUCUGCCAUGUUUUACUGCAAAUCGUGCAAAUCGUGCUCUUUCAAUGGUCGAAGCCUCACGGAUCUUGACCCUGAGACGAGGACGUGGGGAAAGAACUACGCGGCGACGCCUGAAUACGCGACAGCUCAAAUAGCGGUGUGGUGGGACAUGAUAGACUGUCCGAUUCCCAAGGGCUAUGAUGCUCGUCAGGUCCGUCCGAGUUUAGAAGCGGCGUUCAAGAAACUUGGCUACUCUGGUCCUGUCUCCAUCACUGCCUACGGCAACCUACAACAAGCCCCUGAUCACCUCCUGCGAGGGCUCUCUUCCACUGGAGUCGCUCUUGCACAUGCCAUUCCCGAAGUCAUAUACAUGCGCAUGAAUGACGAUUUUAGAAAGUGGCAUAUGCAUAAUCCUCCUCCGGCGACAACGAUGUUCAUAUCGGACUCUGUGGAUGAGUACUUCAACAACGGCCUCGUCCAUCAACUACAACAGAAGAAAUACAACCUUUUUCUGGCAUAUUCGUAUAGGCCUCACAAAAUGUCAGUCCUGGUCACUUCUGCAGAGUGGCUUUGGGAAAGCUUACUUGCAGGUGCUUGUUUGCCCACUAACGUUUGA